UAUCACAUAACAUUGGUGCUUUCAUUCUUCCAUGGCCGACAACACAAGAUUGAAGGAAUUGACCACCGAGUUACGUCGUCAAGCGGAAGCGCAAGAGAAAUCCAACGUCGAAAACAAAGCGAGAUUCGAUCGAUUGGAGGCGAUGCAGACAGCUUCAGAUCUGAGAUUCAACCAACUAUCUGCAACACUUGAGAGGUUUAUGCAGCAAGCACCACAACACAACGUCUCCCAUGGAAACACGAACUCAGGCUCAAGCUCUAGUGCGAUUUCUGCAACAGUCGUAAGUUCACAAUCAACAUUUGUGGGUCAUACUCAAUCAACAGUGGUGGGAAAGCAAUCGACGUCAAGUAUGAGCUCUCAACCGUUUCAGGUGCGUCAUAUUAAGCUGGAGUUUCCAAGAUUCAAUGGUAAGCAUGUCUUAGAUUGGAUUUUUAAAGCUGAGCAAUUUUUUGGUUACUAUAAUACUCCAGAUGCAGAGAGAUUAAUUAUUGCUUCAGUUCAUUUAGAACAAGAAGUAGUUCCUUGGUUUCAAAUGGUGAAUAGAUCUCGUCCAUUUCAGUCUUGGAAUGAUUUCACUAGGGCUCUUGAACUUGAUUUCGGUCCUUCUAUAUAUGAUUGUCCUAGAGCAUCUUUGUUCAAAUUGCAACAAAACAAAUCUGUUAACGAGUAUUAUAUGGAAUUUACAGCUCUCUCUAACCGUGUUUAUGGUCUCAGCAAUGAUGCUUUAAUUGAUUGUUUUGUUAGUGGACUAAAAGAUGAAUUACGCAGAGAUGUCAUGCUUCACACUCCUAUUUCUAUUGUUAAGGCUGUGUCAUUAGCAAAACUGUUUGAGGAGAAAAUUGCUGCUAACUCCAAUCCAAAACAACCACUAAAACCAUAUACACCAGCCCAACCUCACCAACAUCGAGCCCCCUUCAAUCCAACCAGAAACGAUCAAAAUCAAACUAUUGAAAAAGCCCCCAACCUACCCUUACUCCCUACACCACCAACGAGACCUAUGAGCCACCUUCAAAAGAACCCUGCAAUUAAGAGAAUUUCACCUGCAGAGAUGCAAUUGAGAAGAGAGAAGGGCCUAUGCUAUUUUUGCGAUGAUAAGUUUUCAUUUUCUCACAAGUGUCCUAACAAACAAUUGAUGCUACUUGAAUUAGAUGAUGACCCUGAUCCUCCUAAUACACCUAGCCAAACAGCAGUGACCAGUGACACAGAAAUACAAGAAGUAGCAGAGCACCAUUUAUCCCUUAAUGCUUUAAAGGGAGCAACAGGGAUGGGAGUAAUUCGAUUCAAGGGAUACAUUGGUCCUAUUAGUGUAUCUAUUUUACUUGAUGGAGGUAGUUCAGAGAGUUUCAUUCAACCUAGAAUUGUUCAUUGUCUCAAUUUACCUAUUGAACAUACUGACAAAUGUAAUGUCCUGGUUGGUAAUGGUCAACACAUGAAAGCAGAAGGUGUGGUUAGAAAGCUGUCAUUAAAAGUGCAGGACAUAGACAUCACAGUCCCUGCUUAUUUGCUACCUGUAGCAGGAUCUGAUGUGAUCCUAGGAGCUCCUUGGUUGGCUUCUUUAGGGCCUCAUGUAGCUGAUUAUUCUAUAUCCAAAUUGAAGUUUUAUAUGGAUGGCAAGUUUGUGACGUUGCAAGGGGAAAGUGACAACAAACCUGCAGUGUCCCAAUUGAAUCAUUUUAGAAGGCUACAACAUAUGAACGCAAUUUCUGAGUUAUUCACCAUACAAAAAAUUGAUCCUGCUGUUAUAGAAGAUAAUUGGGAAGGCAUGCCAGUGAAUAUUGAACCAGAAAUGGCCACCUUGUUGCAUACUUAUAGAGAGAUAUUUCAAAUACCCAAAGGAUUGCCUCCUAACAGAGAGUUGAGCCAUGAGAUUUUGUUGAAAGAAGGAGCACAACCAGUGAAGGUGAAGCCUUAUAGAUAUCCGCAUAGUCAAAAGGAACAAAUCGAAAAAAUGGUGCAGGAUAUGUUAGAGGAAGGAAUUAUUCAACCUAGUUUGAGUCCUUUUUCUUCACCAAUCAUUCUAGUAAAGAAGAAGGAUGGGACAUGGAGAUGUUGCACAGAUUAUAGAGCUUUGAACGCCAUAACAAUCAAGGACAGUUUUCCUAUGCCCACUGUGGAUGAACUACUUGAUGAAUUACAUGGUGCACAAUACUUUACAAAGCUUGAUUUGCGUUCGGGAUACCAUCAAAUUCUCCUCAAGCCUGAAGAUAGACAGAAAACAGCAUUCAGAACUCAUCAAGGUCACUAUGAGUGGCUGGUGAUGCCAUUUGGGCUCACAAGUGCCCCUGCUACAUUUCAAAGACUCAUGAAUCAAUUGUUUCAACCACUGUUGAGAAAAUGUGUUCUGGUUUUUUUCGAUGACAUUUUGGUUUACAGUCCAUCUUGAUAUUCUCACUUGAAACAUGUGGAAAUUGUAUUUCAGAUAUUAAGCCAAAAUGUGUUGUAUGCAAAGCUAUCUAAAUGCUCAUUUGGGAUAACCGAAGUUGAAUAUUUGGGCCAUGUAGUGUCUGGUUCUGGUGUGGCAAUGGACAAGACUAAAGUGAUAGCUGUGUUGGAAUGGCCUACUCCAACGAAUUUGAAACAAUUGAGGGGAUUCUUGGGACUCACUGGCUACUAUAGAAGAUUUAUCAGAUCUUACGCUACUAUAGCUGGUCCCUUAACAAAUUUGUUAAAAAAAGAUGCAUUUAAGUGGGAUGAAAAUACUGCCAAAGCUUUUGACACAUUAAAGCAAGCUAUUACUACAGCACCGGUGCUUGUGUUGCCUGAUUUCUCUCAACCCUUUGUGUUGGAAACAGAUGCCUCUGGUACAGGGGUAGGAGCUGUACUAAGUCAGGGAGGUCAUCCCAUAGCUUAUUUCUCCAAAAAAAUGGCACCUAGGAUGCAACUUCAGUCAGCUUACACCAGAGAAUUCUAUGCUAUCACCACUGCCUUAGCCAAGUUCAGACACUAUCUCCUUGGACAUAAAUUCAUACUGAGAACUGAUCAAAAAAGUUUGAAAAGCUUGUUGGAUCAAUCUCUCCAAACCCCUGAACAACAAGCUUGGCUUCACAAAUUCAUUGGAUUUGAUUUCCAAAUCGAAUAUAAACCAGGUAAGGACAAUCAAGCAGCCGAUGCUCUGUCAAGAGUAAUGUCUCUUUCAUGGUCUGCACCUGAACAUGAUUUUUUAGAGCAAUUGAAGAAAGAAAUUGUCAAUGACUCCCACUUGCAAACAAUAGUACAACAGUGCUUAGACAAUACUAUGGAUGACAUAAAUUAUAUGGUGAAAGAAGGGUUAUUGUACUGGAAGCAUAGGUUGGUAAUUCCUAUGGAGAGUAAUUUGAUUCAUCAGAUUCUCAAGGAAUACCAUGAUACACCAAUCGGAGGGCAUGCAGGGGUGACUAGAACCUUAGCAAGAGUUACUGCCCAAUUUUAUUGGCCAAAUAUGAGGCAGCAUAUACAGAAGUUUAUUGAAGCAUGUGUCACUUGUCAGCAGGCUAAAUCUGUUAAUACAACUUAUGCAGGGCUACUUCAACCAUUGCCUAUUCCGGAGCAGGUAUGUGAUGAUGUAACUAUGGAUUUUAUUACUGGAUUGCCACUAUCUUUUGGUUUUACUGUUAUUAUGGUCGUCGUAGAUAGGCUGAGUAAAUAUGCUCAUUUCAUGCCCUUGAAAGCCGAUUAUUCAAGUAGGACUGUUGCUGAGGCAUUUAUGAAUAAUGUAGUAAAAUUACACGGAAUGCCUAAGUCAAUUAUCUCUGAUAGAGACAAGGUAUUUACCAGCAAAUUCUGGCAGCAUUUGUUUCAAAUGCAAGGCACAACAUUGUCCAUGAGCACAGCUUAUCAUCCUCAAACGGAUGGACAAUCAGAAGCUGUUAAUAAAUGUCUCGAAAUGUACCUGAGAUGCUUCACAUUCAAGAAUCCUAAGACAUGGUUUAAGGCACUUACUUGGGCAGAACUAUGGUAUAACACUUCCUUACAUACUAGUUUAGGUAUGUUUCCAUUUAAGGCACUAUAUGGCAGGGAACCCCCUAUGUUAACACGUUAUAGUGUUAAUAAUUCUGAUCCCACAGAGGUACAACAACAGUUAAUGGACAGAGACAAGCUACUGGUUGAGUUAAAAGAAAAUUUACUGAGAGCACAACAGGUUAUGAAGAGCAAUGCUGACAAAAAGAGAAAAGAUGCGUCUUUUGAAGUAGGGGAUCAAGUGUUAGUGAAAUUACAACCAUACAGGCAGUCUUCUGUAGCAUUGAGAAAGAACAACAAACUAGGCAUGAGGUACUUUGGUCCAUUUACUGUGAUAGCCAAAGUAGGAGUAGUAGCUUAUAAGUUACAAUUGCCUGAGACAGCUCGUAUUCAUCCGGUCUUCCAUGUGUCCCAAUUGAAGAUCUUCAAGGGUCUCACUGCUGAGCCAUAUUUUCCUUUACCACUUACCACAAUGGAAGAAGGUCCUGUCAUACAGCCGGAAGUGAUAUUGAAAUGGAAGGAUAUGCAGAACAGUGAAGCUACUUGGGAAGACAAGCAAGAGAUGUUGGAUAGCUACCCCAAUCUCAAUCUUGAGGACAAGAUUGUUCUUGAAGGGGAGGGU